CUCUGUACGGACUACGUUGGAGCUCAGUAAGUUCGAGCGCGUGGUUCACGAUUCUUUCACCUAUUCAGCUAGGCCGAGCAGAUUCGCGCUUCGGCUGCAACUGCUUCACCAAUUCCUUAUCUACACAUUACCGGAUUUCAUUCGCUUUAUCGGACUAAUAACAUCAGGUGUUCAAGUAUGAGCGAAUUAACCGAUAUACAGUCCUUUUUUAAAGGAAAAACUGUAUUCAUAACCGGGGCGACCGGUUUCAUGGGAAAAGUUCUUGUAGAGAAGUUGCUCUAUUCUUGCAGCGAGUUGAACAAGAUUUAUAUUCUAAUAAGGUCGAAAAAGGGUCGAUCACCCGAGGCUCGCAUAGAAGAAAUGUUCAAACUACCCAUGUUUCAAAGGGUAAGAGAACAGAAGCCGUUCGUAAUGAAGAAGUUGAUACCUCUGACUGGCGACAUUAACAUGACCGAAUUGGGAUUGUCCGACCAACAGCGAGCAAUGUUGAUAAACGAUACCGAUAUAGUGUAUCAUUGUGCAGCGACCCUUAGAUUAGAGUCCAAGUUGAAGGACGCCAUAGAAAUGAACACGGUCGGAACACAAAGGGUGAUAGAUCUGUCCAGAAAGAUGAAGCAUCUGAAGGCAUUCGUGUAUCUAAGUACGGCUUUUUGUCAUCCUGAUCAGCAAGAACUCGGCGAAAGAGUGUACGAUGCACCCAACGAUCCUCACGAUGUUAUGAGACUGAUACAGUGGCUAGACGAAAGUGCCAUCGAUCUUAUCACGCCCAAGUUGUUGGACGCUCAUCCGAAUACUUACACGUACUCAAAGCGAUUGGCCGAGCAACUUGUCACCAACGAAUUCGCCAAUAAUAUGCCUUGUGGCAUCGCCAGACCAUCGAUCGUAACCGCAUCUUGGCGCGAACCGUUACCAGGAUGGGUAGACAAUCUGAACGGACCAACGGGACUCCUGGUGGGUGCAGCGAAAGGUGUGAUAAGGUCGAUGCACUGCAAUGGCAACUAUCACGCCGAAAUCGUACCCGUCGACUACGCUAUUAACAUUCUAGUCGCGAUUGCCUACUGGAUAGCUACCAUGGAAAAACCGAAAACCAUUCCAGUGUUCAAUAUCACCCAAAGCGGCGUGGUGCCCAUCACCUGGGGAGAGGUAUUGGAGAAAGGUAAGAAGAUCGCUUACAAAUAUCCGUUCGAAGGGCAAGUUUGGUAUCCAGCAGGCGACAUACACAACAACAAGUUUGUCCACAACCUCUUCGUCUUCUUCUUCCACAUCAUUCCGGCUUACCUGAUCGACUUUCUCAUGUUAAUAUUUCAGCAGAAGAGAUUCAUGGUUCGCAUUCAAAACCGUAUCUCGGUCGGUCUCGAGGUGUUGCAGUACUUUACGACAAGGGAAUGGAUUUUCUAUAAUUACAAAACAUUGGCAUUGUGGAACAAUUUGAGCCCUAGGGACAAAGAGCUCUUCUCGUUGGACUUUCUAGCAGUCGACGAAGUCGAGUACAUGAAGAACACCAUCUUGGGUUCGCGGCAAUAUUGCAUGAAAGAAGAUCUGUCUACUUUGCCGAAAGCUCGCAGGCAUCAAGCAGUAAUGUACGUUAUUCACAUAACAUGCGUAUACCUGUUUUACUUCUGGGUGCUAUCUUUAAUUUACAAGAACUUCGAGAUAGCAAGACUCUGCGUGGACUCCGUUACGGAGCGUGUCAAGUCUCUGGCUGUUUUGGGCGGAAACAGCUAAAAAAAAGAAAGAUGGAUCGAUAACGUUGAUGUAGGUACGAUUGUUUUGGUAUUAAUAUUCGAGCACUUCGGCGCUCUUGAAAAAUCUGUUGUUGCUUCUGGAAAUCGUGCUGCGCAAGGAGGUCAAGGAGAUUAGGUUAACGAUAAGCUCUAUAGUAAGCUGAGCAGAGAACCUCUUUUGUACAGGACCAUUUAACUUCCUCGUAAAGCUAUUGUUUUCUAUGAAAACAAAUUAGAAUUUUUCAUUUUAUAUCGAACCUUUGGGUGCAAUAGUUUAGCAUAAUCCCUGCGGAGCACGUAUAGGGUGAUUCGUUUAAGUUGGAAUGGGAAUUUAUUUCAUGAGGGGAUGAAGCUAUCAAAAACAUUUUUACGUGUUAUUUAGUUCAAAGGGAGAAAUUAAAUAUUUUUACUUUUAUCCAUAAUAUUAGAGCAUUUAUUUAGACAAAUUCAUCGACCUAACACAGGAUCAUUUACUGUAACGCAAAGCUUCAAAAUGGAGUUGGAAGUCAGUGGAUCGAUUCAGGAAUAUUGAAUUUAAGAUUAAGUAACAAAAAGUUGAUGUAACCGUCCAGAAUAUCUGUAAUAAUUAAGAGCUAGAUAUAACAGGUAGAAUCUAAAUGUACAGUUUGUACGCGUUUCUAUUUAUAUUUCAAUUUAAUCAAGACUCGCGAACAGUGAAUAUCAACCGGAUGCUCCUAAGGAUGGAUGGCAUAUUUAAGUUUUUAUAUUUUUACACUUUGAUCAUCUACUAUGACACUAGAUGUAUAGAGGAUUAGGUUGGUUUUUGUGUUACAAGAAGAAGUUAUACGAACAUUAUUAUAUUAAGACUUUGGCUGCGUGAUUUUUGUUUUAAUAUACAAUUUGUACUGUAGAUUACCUCAGGCUUCGUACAUUUCUUCGACACUGGCUACAUAAUUGUGAUAUGUAUAGGAAUUCAUUUGUGGAAAUAAAACCAGAAUGUUUCGUGUUGAA